AUGGCUGCGUGGCUGUCCCGGUGUGCGAUGUGGAGGAAGGGCCCUACCGCUGUGACAAGAGCCUGCUCCAGGGGGGUUAGAAGGAUCUCCUCUGCCCCGGAGCCCCUCUCUACCUUCCAGGACAAGCCUCGGACAAUAGAGGACCUCCCACGUGUCAGCUUCUUUGAGCUGAUAUACAGAAUGACAUUUCAGGGUUUCCACAACCGUUUGCAUGAGCUGCAGGUCUAUGAGAAACAGCUUUACGGGCCCAUGUACAGAGACUGUUUAAACACAGUGUGCAUCAACACUGCACAGCUGCUGGAGGAAGUCAUGAGAAACGAUGACGCUUUCCCUACACGGGGAGACAUGUCGUCGUGGAAGGAGUUUCGCGACAUGAGAGGAUUUGGCUACGGGCCUUUCACAGAGCAUGGGGAGAACUGGUACAACUUCAGGACAGUGCUGAACAAGCGCAUGCUGCAUCCGAGGGAUUCUGCUCAGUAUGGUGACACUUUCAAUAACAUCAUCACGGACUUCUUCAAGAGGAUAUGCUACCUGCGUCAGUGCAGCCCCACGGGAGACUUGGUGACCAAUGUGAACCAAGAGUUCCAUCAUUUCUCACUAGAAGCUAUUGCCUCCAUUCUGUUUGAGACAAAGCUUGGAUGUCUGGAAAAUGAAAUCCCUAAAAGUACACAAGACUUUAUCAACUCAGUGUCCAAGAUGUUCUCCAACAACUUCAUCGUGGUGUUGUUGCCCAGGUGGACCCGCAGCAUACUUCCCUUCUGGGGGCGCUACAUUGCGGGCUGGGAUGGCAUCUUCAACUUCGCCACAAACUUGAUUGACAAGAAAAUGGAGUCCAUUCAGCAGCGCUUGGACAACAACCAGGACGUGGAGGGCGAAUACCUGACAUAUCUCCUCCAAAACCGUCAGCUGAGCAUUAAAGAUGUGUAUGGCAGCAUCUCUGAGCUGCUGCUAGCUGGAGUGGACACGACCUCCAAUACCCUCACGUGGACUCUGAGCCUGCUGUCCAUGUACCCUCAAAGUCAGGACAGACUUUAUAAAGAAGUGUCCGCCUUGGUCCCAGCAGCCCGGAUACCCUCUGCUGCAGAGGUCUCCGAGAUGCCGUAUUUAAAGGCUGUUGUGAAGGAAGCGCUGAGGAUGUACCCUGUGGUUCCUCUGAACGGACGGGUCAUUUUAGACAAGGAUGUUACGAUUGGUGGAUAUCAGUUUUCAAAGAAUACUUCUUUCACAUUUUCUCACUAUGCCAUCUGUCACGAUGAGGACACAUUCCCAGAGCCGUUCACAUUUAAGCCAGAGAGGUGGCUCCGUGACGGCCGUGAGAGGCCGAACGGCUUUGGCGCCAUCCCGUUUGGCUUUGGAGUGAGAGGCUGUGUCGGCCGCCGGAUCGCUGAGCUUCAGAUGUAUCUGGUUCUGUCUCGGCUAAUCAGGCAGUUUGAAAUCAAACCAGACCCGACAAUGGGAGAGAUUAAAUGCAUCAACCGCAUUACUCUGACACCAGACAGACCAGUAAGCUUGCACUUUGUGGACAGAGGGGGUGGAGGCACAGUUUGAUUUGGUUUGAAUGCAAAUGUUGCUUGAGAAUAAAACACGCUGAAACUGUUUGUGUAUGUUUCUAAGAACGUCUGAUGUAUCGUCAGAUACCGAUCAACACUUUGAGGAGCUACUGAGCAUCAAGCAAGCAACAAGGAUAUGCCUUGUUAGAAAGAUGACUUAGAUGUUGAGAUAAGAAAUGAGAAAACAGAGUAAGAAUGUGAUUACAUGGAUUUCCUGGAAACAUGCUUUUUCUGAAAUGAUCUUUGUAGUUCAGUAACAUCGAGGAAGAGUCAUGACCUGAGCUUCAGGCUUAGAAUAAAGAGUGAAAUAAUAAACAAGGGAGAGGAAGGAACGUAUUUAAAGCAUUUGAACCAUGUUUUCAUUGUGUGUCAGAUGUCAAACCUUCACUCUGUAUCAGACAAUAAAGCCUUGUACAUUGUAUUCAAUGCUGAAACUUACAUUGCCCGACUUCAAUACAGAUGUGGAAAGAAAUAAUCAGUAAUGCGAUGCGUCUGAAGAGGAAUCUCCAUGAUUGCUGUAUGUAUGAAAGCAUGAAAGGAUUUAUUUUAAACUGCAAAAACAAACAUGCUAAUGUCAUAUAUACACCACAUCAAGAAGGAAUACACACCAGAGCAACGUAACAUGUUAAAUGCACGGCUAGGCCACAUACUGAAUGGAGCGGACCUUCACAAAAGCACAGGUGUACCUAAUAACUCUGACGACUGGCUCUGUUCCAUUGUGGUGAGCUCAGCCACUGGAACACCUACAUGGACUGCAGCCGUGGUUGAUGUUAUUAGUUACACCGUGUUUGAGAGGUGAAACCAUCCGCUGUGAGAGCAGUCUGCAGCCGUGCCUUCAGAUGAAACAUGUCAGAACAGUUUGUUACAGGCUGCAGCUUCUCACCUCGUCCAGUUUGCU